AUGGCUCCAAUUAACAAAGUAUUGCCGACUAUCCUCUGGUUUGUCAAUGUCACUGAAAGCCCUGCCAGGAACGACACCACACCUGUAAAAGUAGCCAGUGUCAUCCACUGGCUGACUUUCAGCAUCGGACUGCCAGCCAUCGGGUUGGCCAUUUAUAUCCUGAAAAAUUUCUCCAAAGGUCAAAUUAAAGUUCCCAUGCAGGCCAAGUUUCUUUUGGUGUCCGACAUCAUCAGUUUCUUUGGUCGUCCCAGCAUAAAUGUUAGCACUCAGGACAGCACACUUUGCUCCUCUGGUGCCACUGAAUUCAUCUUCUACUUCAGCGUCACUUCCAACAUUACCAUGAUGUUUUUAAUAGCCCAGGAGCACCACCUGCUGGUCACCUGCAGGCCGUUCCGUGACUGCUGUGGCCGUGUCAGGCAGUCUCGUGUGGUUGUGUUGUUGACAUGGGCUUCUCCAUUUGCCAUCUUGGCCCUCGCCAUGCUGAAUUACCAAAUCUGGUUUGCUGUGGCUCUGCUCGCCCCUUUUCCCUUCCUCCUCUUUUUCACAAUGGAUGCUUGGAGGUCCCUGAACUGCCUCAGCCGCCCCAGCACAGAGAAGAGGAGAGCCACAUGGGGGAUUAGUGUGAUCCUGAUCAACUACACCUUCCUCUACUCUCCCUUUAUCAUCAGCAUCCUCCUGGCAGCUCUCUCCCUUAAUGAACCUGUCUGCUAUCUUGGACUUGUGUCUCACUUGUUGCUCUAUCUCAGCCCUCUGGUGGACCCAUUUAUUUAUAUAUUCAUGAACAAAGGGCUGAAAGAGGUGCUGAAGGCACUGCCUUGCUGCCAAUACUUUCACAAGAGGCAGAAAAUGAGACCCACUGUCCCCACUGUGACAGAAACUGUGCUCAUGCAGACAAAGCUUUGAAAAGAGAUGUUUAUGAAAAACUUGAAACAUUUCGUUUGCUGACUUGCAACCUUUACUGUUUUCUAACCUUAUAAAGAAACGUUUUCGUUGAUCAGAAGGUCACAACUGCAGUAUAUGUAUUUGGCCUGAAGGUGGAGCUCCAGCUUGUCUUUCAAGAACAAUUGAAUCCAGUUGCUGCUACUACCUACAAACCAACUGUUGCAUAUAGCAAAAAGACAGCAAAAAAACAAAACAAAACAAAAACACACAAAAAAAACUCUGCACUGUCAGACUCAAGGCAACAUCCAUGAGCGUUCAAGCAGGAGACAGCUAAGCUUCAGGAGUUUGAGUACAGGACACACAUCAGGUCUUCAAACAAUUCUUGAUAUUUUUCAUUUCCAGACCAUCAAAUGCUUUUGCACA